GUUUUUGCGAUCAAGACUUGAAUUCCAGUAUGUAAUUAAAUCAAAACGAAAAUAUAUAAAAAUAAUUUUGAUAAAAUAGUAGAUCCUACUUUGUGAAUUAAUGCAUUGAUGUUAUAUAUCUCCAACUAUAGACUACAUACAAAAAUAUUCAUAAUUUCAAUAUCUAAAAAAUCAAACUUAAUUUCGUUUUGUCAUUAAUUACAUUCUUGAGAUGAAGAGAAAGAGCUGAAGUCACUGAAAAUUAUUAACAUGAUGCAUUUUUCUGGAAUUCGUUCAUUUUUGCCCGUCUUAGUGGGAAUUUGCCUGGGAUUUACAUUGAAUGUUAUGAUAGCUCCUUAUCUGGAUGAAACCUGUGAUCCUUCGAAUAUCAGUGAGGAGCAGCUAAUUAAAUUGAGGGAAACAAAGUCACUUCGUGCAGAGAAAGUCAGUAAAAAGGAGCAACCCGUCCUUAAACCAAAACAUUAUGACCUACCCCAGCCCAUAAAACAGGAGUAUGACCCAUAUAAAAAGCAUGUUCGACCUAGAUUUGUGGCCACAGAACUUGGAAUUCGUGAGAAGCUGUUUGUUGCUGUUUUAACAAGUCAAGAUACAGUGAACUCCUUUGCUCUCGCUGUAAACAAAACUACAGCACAUUAUGUCACGAAACAAAUGUACUUCAGUACCUCAAAAUCGGGGAAUGUGCCAGCAGGAAUGCCGAUUGUUAGCUUUACGGAUAAGAACAUUAGACAUUUACCGCUUCAUGUGCUAAAAUAUAUUUCCGAACAUUAUUCCCAUACAUAUGACUAUUACAUGUUUAUCACUGACAGGACGUACAUACGAGCUGAGAAGGUUUACGAGCUUGUCAGUCAUACAAGUAUUAGUGAGGACAUCUACAUUGGUGCUUCCAAUAUACAUGGUGAUGAUGGUGUCGAUAUGUGUUCUCUGGAAGGAGGGAUUAUAAUUUCACAGUCGGUCCUACAGAAGGUGAUUGCUGACUUGGAUUGGUGCCUUGUGAAUUCUCCAGAUUCCAACCCGAGUAUGACACUUGGACAUUGUAUUCAUCAUGCCACGAAGCUGCCAUGUAGUCAACAAGGAGGGGAUAAGGAAUACCGACAUUAUAGAGUAGAGGACUUUGAUUACGAUGAUGACAUUCCUAUGCUGAGGGAGGAUUGGCGCUUUAACUCGUCGAUUUCAAUUUAUCCAAUGCCCGAUGACCUGUCCCAUUUUAAAGUGCACAGAUACUUCUGCCAGAUGGAGUUGAAUUUGACAAGACAAGAAAUCAAUAAAGCCAAAGAAAACAUUAUACAUUUAAGUCACUAUACGGUGGAUGGCGUCAAUUCAUUAUCAUGGCCAAUAGGUACACCUGAAGCAACAAGACCCAAGAAGAGAUUCGACGUCAUCAGAUGGAGAUACUUCACAGAAUCGCACAUUUACUUUGAUGAUGACUUCACAAACAGAAGUCCUCUCACUGGAACGGAUAAACAGGAUGUUGAGGAGAUUCUAAAGACGGCCUUUAAGAAAGCCAACAAGCUGUACCACAACAGAUUCAGCAAAUAUCAACUCAUCAAUGGCUACCGGCGAUUUGAACCCUCGCGUGGUAUGGAAUACAAGUUGGACCUUCAGCUGAGAGACAAAGACACCAACAGUGAUGUGCAGAAGAGAUUUCACCUUUUACGACCUCUCAACAAACCAGAACUGGUUCCCAUGCCCUAUGUAACAGAGACCACCCAAGUGUUCAUUGUUCUCCCAAUUUUUCAAGAAGAUGUUGGAGAAGGAUUAAAAUUUUUAGGAGAAUUCCAGAGAACGGCCAUAGAAAACAAAGACAAUUCCGUCUUAUGCCUCUAUCUCCUGCACAGGAAAGAAAAAUUCACUACAGAUCCCUUCGUCAAUAUCAAGUCCUCAGUAGCUUCCAUUACCUCCCAACCAAAUGCGAACAACAAGAUCAUGAUGAAAAGCGUGGAAAUAAACUAUGCCACUAUAAAAGAAAUUGAGUUGUAUGAUGUGAUAAUAUCAGACUUCAGUACCAAUACACUGGUUUCUAUAGUAACUCCAGGUAUAGAACUCGAGCUGGACUACAUUAACAGAAUCCGAAUGAACACCAUCGCAGGGGUUCAGAUCUUCUAUCCUAUCUCCUACUGGCAGUACAAGCCUAACUUAGCUUAUGACCAGAAACCUUAUCCAGAUAUGGUAGAACUGAACCAGAAAUAUGGGCAUUUUGAUCCUCUCUCCUUCGUGGAUAGUUCAUUUUAUGUGUCAGAUUUUCAGAAAGCAAGGAGGUCCUUGACUGCUGUUGAGGUGAAAAGCUUCUCUUUGAUUAGCAUGUUCCUGAAAUAUCAGAAACUGCAUAUAUUUCGUGCUGCUGAGCCUUCCUUGAAAUACCGUUGGCAGAAUAUAACGUGCAAUAGAGUUAGUCUGCAGAGGGACCAUUGUCUAGAGAGGCAACAUCAGCAUCUGGCCACACGAGCACAGUUGGCCAAGCUAUUGUUUGAGUAUGGUGAAAUGGACGAAGAGAACGACGACAUUGUUGAGGUCCAGUUUGAUAAACCAUUUCCUGCAAAUACCUAAAAAUAAACGACUAAUUUCAGGAAGCUUGAAUGGAACAAAAAAUCGUGGUGGCAUAAUACUCAGUGAACUUAUUUUUGUUGCAAUUGAUGUACUGUUGGUGUGUAGUUUGAAUGGAUCACAGACAAAUUUAUACUACAUCCAGAUUGCCUUGGCUGUAUGCAAAUCUAAAUCUACAAAAUUCUGAUUUGUAGUUCAUAAUAGAAUAGUCUAUUGGACCCUAUUCUUAAGAUACAGGAACCUUUUUAGAAAAUGCUAUACCCAUCUGUCUUUCAACAUUUUUUUUGUAGUGAUCUGUUUAUAUCUCCAGUAUUUUUAUUCUAUAAACUUUGUCAGUGGAAGUUUGACCCCUACCAAAAGAAAAAAGAAGCUAGUUGAUUGUUCAUUUACUAUGCAACUACUGACAAUGAUGCAUAUUGAUUGGCUAGCAAGCUGGAGGUGAAAAAUCAUACAAUUGGCUGAAACAGGGUGUAAAAAUUCAUAUGACAUUGCCAUGAGUUCACAAGGUUAUGCUGUAACAGAGGCCUACUUCCUUCAUAUGCUGUUACAUUGCAUCUGUUUGAUAUGGGGAGUAAAUUUGUUUGUAAGGUUAUACAUGUAUAGGAAAUGAGUUGGUUAUAUGCCCUGAUGAGACCUAUGUAACUAGUAAGGGCAUUUCUGCAGAAACACACCUACAAAAUAACUACCAUUACUUGUUAAUCCAACUAGUCUGAUGAAAUCACUGGGGAAAACUUUGUACAAGUUACAAUGAAUUUAACGAUUAGUCCAAGCAAAACAAAUAUAUUACACGGAAACAGGAAUUCUGGUAGAUUAUUUUAUUAUUGCAAGGCUUUAUGGAAAGUAACUCCAAGUAGGAGGUUUAUCAACUAUUUGACAGUUAUGUUUAAUUAAGAGUCAGUCUUUAAGAGUAAACUUGUGAUCAAUACGUGGGGGAAAAAGCUAUAGAAACUGAAAUACAGUUGUGAUUAUUGUUAUUUAUAUUCACAAUUAUCGGUAAAGGGUACGCAGUCCAUACAGCUACCACCGAACACCGUAUUGAAGACAACAAAAAAACCCAGACAAAUUGUGUUUGCUUUGCGUCUGUCACAACAAAGCAGAUAUUUUGGAUUACAUUUAUUUUGUUCCAAAAUGUACAUCUUGUAAAUAGUUGAGACACUUGUAUGGAAAAAAAAUUCUUAUGUGAAACCUAGCUUAUUUAAAGAAUACUCAAAAUGAACUUCAGUGAAAUUUUUGUGCAAUCCCACCAUUCUAGGGGUCAGAAAAAUCAUGUUAUGUUUAUGUACAUAGGUCAGUGAUUAUCGUGAGCAGUGUUGGUACAUGUACAUGUCAAUUCGCAUUGAAUAUGAUUGUGAUAGGCCUGUUGGUGUGAUGUACAAUGGAUAUGCAUGUAAUUAGAAACUGAACUUCAUUGAUUGAAUGUCUGAAGUUUUAAAUUCCAAGAGAAUAUUGCAGAAAGCUUUUGUGAAUACAUGUAAGCCAUC